AUGGCUCUGACCUGCCAACGAUCUCCUUGGGUAAAAGGUCUGAAAUUCGAGAACACAAGCUUCACCGAUAUCCCGACCGUGAUUGAGUAUCUAGAAAAAGCCCGAAUCGAGCGAUCGCGAGAAGAGUUUACCCAGCUCGUCGACCUGGUGGCAGGAAGAAUCCCGGCCAAGUCGAACGGCAAAGACCCACACUACGAGCAUGUUCUUAGCAAGUUUCUGGCCUAUCUCGAGACCGUGCGACCAGACUUCAAUACUUUUAAAAAUACUACAACAUAUGAUACAAAAUGGGGGGCUCUUCUCGACGCCCGCUGGAGGAUAGAAAAACAUCAGGAAACCGUACGCGAGGUCGAGACUCAGCUGCGCGGCUGGGGCGAAAGGGGCCAGCGCCUGUUGCACAUUCCUCGGCCGUCAGACCAAAAUCGAUGGGAGGCGAUUAUCCGCCGAGCGAGAGUCGUGCCUCAUGAUGUCUAUUUCGUUGAUAGGUGCGGCGAGAACCCGGCGCCCGUCACUACGCAGGAUCUCGAAGACUUUGACUUGAUCAUCAAUGAUCUGGGGCUCGUCAAGCCGCGGCCCCAGUCUCGGAAUGCCCAGCUGGCUGCUGCUCAAGAUGGCGAAGACCAGUCGGCGCACCAUGUCUCUCGCAGGGCUGAGGUCGAUGACGAUGAUCAUAAUGAGCGUGGCCAUCGCUCGCGCAAGCGGCGUCGACUUUAG